AUGACUAGCAAAGGUAAGAUUUUAAUGCUGCAUGGUUUCGUGCAAUCUGAUCGUAUAUUUUCUGGUAAGACUGGUGGUUUACGUAAAAAUUUGAAAAAAUUAGGUUAUGAACUAUACUAUGCUAAUGGACCUGAAGUGGUAGAUAAAUCAACGUUACCAGGUGGCGACGAUAAUAAGACUACUGAAAUGCUUAUUGCUGAUGCAAAAUCAGACGAUUUAUAUGGUUGGUGGCUUAGAAAGACUUCUGGACCAAACGCAUUACUAGACUAUGAAAUUAAGCAAUCUACAUUUGAUUACUUACACGAGUAUAUUAUUGAAAACGGACCAUUUGAUGGUAUUGUUGGAUUUAGUCAAGGGGCUGGCCUCGGUGGUUAUAUUGUUCAAGAUAUUAGAAAGAUUUUAAAUUUAACUGAAGAACAACAACCUGAUUUGAAGUUUUUCAUUUCAUUUAGUGGUUUUAAAUUGAUUCCUGAAAUAUAUCAAGAGCCUUAUACUUUACGUCAAGCACCACCAUCUUUACAUGUUAUAGGUGAAACAGAUGCUGUAGUGAGUGAAGAAAGAACGAUACAAUUAUUCAAUGAAUGGGAAGAUGAUAAGAGGGUUAUGUUGAAGCACCCAGGUAGUCAUUUCAUUCCAAACUCCAAGCCAUUUGCUGUACAAGUCUGUAAUUGGAUCAAGGUUACCACUGACGAAGAGGAUAGGGAAAAUGUCAAGACUUUUAAUGAUACAAAAAAAUCUACAGACCCUGGUAGUUUAGAAGAUGAUUUAAUGGACAUGAUGAAUUCCAUAGGAAAAUUAUAG